AUGAGAGAGAACAUCAACAAGGUCUCUCAGCGUGGCGAGCGACUUGACGCUUUACAAGAUAAGACCGACAACCUGGCAGUCUCUGCCCAAGGCUUCCGCCGUGGAGCCAACAGAGUGCGCAAGCAGAUGUGGUGGAAGGACAUGAAGAUGCGCAUGUGUCUCAUUGUGGGCAUCAUUAUCCUCAUUUUGGUCAUUGUCAUUCCUGCUGUCGUUGCAACCAGAAAGUAG